CCUUAUCUCCUCCUUUUUUUUUUUCUUAUUUCCUUAUAAAUUAUAAGAAUGAAGCGAUCAAAAGGAAUUACAGCACUAGCAAAAGGUGUUACUUCAUGUCAUGCUCAAGCAGCAGCAUAUGGUCGAUGUAUUACCGUGAAUUAUAAAGAUGUACAUACAAAUAUGUGUCAAAAAGAAUUUCAAGCAUUCAAACAAUGUGUGCAACAAGUAAUGAAAAAGAAAUGGUAAUAAUAAUAAUAAUAAUAA